CUGCUGUGUCUGACCAUGCUAGGUCUGGGCUGCACCGUGGAGGCGCAGCAGCUGGGAACUCACCUCAGGAGGCCGGUGGCCAUUGUGUUGGCUGCCAUCACCCAGUUUGUCAUCAUGCCCUUGGUGGCUUUCCUGCUCGCCCUGCUCUUCUCCCUCCCUGGUGGCUGCUGUCCCGGCGGCAACCUCUCCAACAUCAUGGCUGUUCUGGUCAACGGAGACAUGAACCUCAGUAUAAUGAUGACCGUAUCCUCAACGCUCCUGGCGCUGCUGUUGAUGCCCUUGUGCUUGUGGAUUUACAGCCGAGCCUGGAUUAAUACCCCUGUCGUUCAACUCAUGCCCUUUGGGGCGACGAUAAUUCUUACUCUCUGCAGCACUUUAAUCCCAAUUGGUCUGGGAGUCUUCAUCAGAUUCAAAUACAGCCGGGCUGCUGUUAUUCUCCUCAAGAUUUCACUCUGGUCCUUGAUGAUCUCUCUUUUAAUCCUCUUCAUCCUCACUGGCACAAUGCUGGGUCCUGAUAUUCUCGCUACUAUUCCAGUUUCCGUCUAUAUUGUGGCCCUGCUGAUGCCAAUUGUCGGAUACGUUGCUGGUUAUGGCCUGGCUACCCUCUUUGAUCUGUCUCCCAACUGCAAAAGGACAGUUUCCUUGGAGACUGGAUGUCAAAACGUGCAACUCUGUACAGCCAUUCUGAAGUUAGCCUUCCCGCCCCAGAUUAUCGGCGGUAUCUCCAUGUUUCCACUGCUGUACGCUCUGUUCCAAGCUACAGAAGCCACCCUGUUUGUUUUAGGGUACAAAAUCUACAGACGAGAUGCGUGGUUAAAGCAAAAGCCAUCAGAUGAGGACGAGACGGACAUUUUGUACAAUAAACUCAAAGAAGAUAUAAAUGCGUCGGUAUACGAAGCUAUGAGAGAACAACUCACCACUGUAAUAGAACCCACUACAAGUGCAACUCAACUGUGAAACGCCAUGGGCUAAUAACCCCGUAACUGAUUGCUGUAUCUGCUUUAAGGCUGAUUUAUACUCACGC